AUGGCAUCACCGCAACCUGCCAAUACGGGGUCUGAUGGAGAUCUCCGGUAUGCAAACCUUGAUGACAGAAAAAGAAAGAGGAUGAUAUCAAACAGGGAAUCUGCUCGCAGAUCUCGUGCAAAGAAGCAACAACGCUUGGAUGAAUUGCUUGGUGAAAUCAACCAAUUGCAGAAUGAUAACAACAAAAUAAUGCGGAAGAUUGAUGGAGCAACACAGGUGUUUGUUGGAGUUGCAUCUCAGAAUAACGUUCUGAGAGCCCAGCUUAGUGAACUGACGGACAGAUUGCACUCCUUGAACUCUGUUCUGCAUAUUGCUCAAGAGCAUCAUUCAACAUCAACAUGUUCUAGCAUCGAUAUCUCUCAUCUCUCUUGUGUGUACAGAUAUGGUGGAGGGAGGAAACUAGACGGUGGAGUCCUCUGAAAGAGGGAGUCAUGGUCGAAAUUUUCAACAUAUGAUGGGAGAUGGUUAUAGGCAUAGAUAGGUUCCGAAAAGAUAGUCGCAGAUGAUUAAACAGCAUAUAUAUAUAUAUGUAUGUGUAUGUGUGUAUAUCAUAAUAUUCUAAUAUUAAGCACACUAGUCU